GAGAACUGAGUUAUAUCGCAGUAAUUGUAGAAGUACUCCACUACAAGUAUUAUUUAUCUCAUGAAUAGUGCAUCGGAAUCUAGUAAAUUGCAAGUAAGCGUUUGCAUCGCUAAUGUCAAGUGCCUACAACCAAAUGCGGUAAUGCCGCUCACUGCCACAUUGGGCGCCAGCCUCCAUCCUUAUCGAGCUCUAUAUCUGAACCCACCAGACCUACGCCUCCUCGGGUAUUCAUUCUUCCCGCAACAAUGAAGUUCACUAGCCUUGCUGUCACUGCAGCUCUCUUAUCAUCAUGCCAGGCAUUUGCCGACACUGCGCCAUUUUUGUUGCGUUCACAGAACCCGUCCAGCCAAUUGCCAUACUUCACCGAGGAGCAAACCGUCGCUGACCUCGUUUCCCGUCUUUCUGAGGAGGUUUGUGGGCAAUCUGACAGUCCACUCAUGGUUGUGAGGAUACCAGGAUUGAAAAAAUACGAUUUUAAUACCGUAACCUAUCUUAGUAACCUUGUCAAGGAUGCCAACACCGUGUACUCGCCAAACGUGCACUACACUUCGGCCGACGCCUUCCCUCUCUCCGAUGCCUGCGCUGUCUCCAGAAUUUCCGUCGAUUCUCUCGACUUCCAGUACUUUGCGGAGUUGUUUGACACCGCGGCACAGGUUAUUGUGGUUGAUCUUCCGGCCUUCACAGCUGGGGAAUUGCAGCAGGUAGACGACAAUCUCGCGCAGUUGGACUUUUUUGUCAAGACCUUGUACAAGAUCGCUCCAAACGUGGUGAUCCAGGGGUUGCCGACAUUCGCUGCGCCGCUCAAGCGUGAAUUGGACCAAGACUGGGAAGAGACGGAAGGUGUCGCCAUUCGCGCGCAAAACUCUACUUUUGUCAUCAAGAACCCCAACUUGUUUACCCACUACCAGUUCUUCACUCCAGGCGUGUGGAUGUCCACCAUUGUGUCGUUGUUGCUUGUGGGGAUCCUCUAUGUCGCGUUAAGCUGGGUUUCCAACUUGAAGAUCAGUUACCGUGCUUUUGACAAGCCGCUUGACUUUGACAAGAAGGCAAACUAAUCUAAUAGAUUUUACGAAAUUUA